CUUCGCACAUCCGUUCUCGUCCCGAGCACCUAACUUCUGCCCGUCGUCUACUGUGAAAGAUGUCGGCGAACACUCUACCUUUGCACACUGCGCAUCAGCAUGCUGCUAAUGCUGAAGACUUUCUUGGCCAAGGUCUAUUCAUACCAGCAGCGGAAGAGCACUUUAAAGCAGCAGAAGCCUUCCUGACCUGUGUCGAGAAGUCUGACAAUGACAAUACCAAGCGCACUCUUCGGAUGCUCCAUAACGACCACCUAAAAGCUGGGAAGGACCUUGAACGACGCAUUGCCCAACUGAGGGAGGAAAAACAGGAUCCAUCCCUACCUCAGAAACUAUCCCCUCUAAGCAAAGCGCAACCACGCAGCGCAAUGCCGUUAGGUUCCACACCUUCUACAUCGCAACUGAACCAUGCCACACCAAUCCAUGCGUCCACUCGCAUGGGAGAGUCACAUAAUAAUGUCGAUGAGUCGUUUAUGAUGCUGGGGCAGCAGUCAGAUCCCGGCGAUGCGUUCAACAACUUUUGGCGAACUAUGGAGGGAAUGCUGGACAACUUAUCCCAGCCUGUUGCCUUCGCUACAGCGCCGCUCGGAACUGAGCCUCAUGCCCCAUGUCGUGAAGAGAGCGCCAGCAGUGACACGGAUGGUGAGGCGCUCCCAAACCGUCUCCCAUGGAAAGUUCCAAGGAACUCCAAACCUCGAACAAGUAAAGCAAUCAACUCAGGCUAUGCUUUGGGUGCUCACGCUGAGACAGCGUGGCAAGAACACGGACGAUCUCACGAGGGAACAGACGACGAAGACGUUUUCGCAGACGACGGCAAUGAAUCAUCAGAGUCCUUCUGUUUGAUCCCUUCUGGCUCCGAGGCCUCAUCCUCCCUGAAGGCAGAGAAUAUUGCGCUCAAGAGGGAACUGGAAGCCGUGCGAAAGCGACUUGAUGUAGCGAGCCGUGUAAUUCAGCUGCGCAAGGAUCAAGAUCAGCAGCUCCGAGACAGCAUCGUAUUGGCCCGAAAUCAGGCACAACGUGCCAUGGGGGCGUCUUUGAUGUUGUCGAGACCAACGCCCGGCCCUCCGGCAGAUCUAAGUGCCCUGAAUCUUAACUUAACUACUAUCCCGACGCCGAUAACGCCGGGCAAUGCCGGACGUGAUCGCGAGGCACAGCUCCUUCGGCGGAUCCGUGAACUCGAGGAAGAAGUCAGAGCGGUUCGCACGGAGAAUGAGAAGCAGAAAGUGAUGAUUGCGCGUUUCCGCGAGAAAUGGGAAAAACUCAAGGAAUCUGCGAAGCGCAAGAAAGAUGCCAAAGCAGCGUCGGAGGCACCCAGAAUGGCAGUCCGUGAUCGCAUAGACGAAGAGCCCGAGGCUGAGCAACAGCUCGAUGAAGCGUUCAACGCGAGAUAGGUGAUACAAGACCGCUUUGUGUACGUGUUAGCGAACUCACCAUCUGUAUACUGCAACGAACCUGUAACGCUGCACUGGCGAUGCAAUUCUUGCUAUGCUGCGGAUGAUUGCGGCCCUGCCUCAUGACACUAAAGAAAAUGAUCUUUGUUUUCAAGUCUUGGAUAAAGACCUGAGCAAGUGACAACUUGCAGAAGUAAUAUGAUAAGCGCCACCAGGCGCCCGACACGGUGGCGGUUGCAGCAGUGUCACAAAAUUAGAGUACUUUGGUGAAGGAUGUACCAUGCUUCAAUCUAUUUUACAACAUUACACCACAUUUUAUGUCAUACCGCGUUCAAGAUAACAGAUCGAGUUCGCUUGGGUGGUG